UCAGAAUCAGGAAGUAGAAUAGUGCAAAGUUUAUCUUAUUUUCCUUGGAAAGGGGACAUGUUUGAAAGGGAAAGUAUUGCUGAUCUUGUAUUACGUGGCAGUUAGGUUUAGGCCAGUGUGCAACAAAUUAAUUGCAAGAUGGGGUUUGGAACCGAUUUCCAAGGACGGGAAUCGCACGAUGCCUUGGUUCAAGUACAAGAAGCAGAAAUACGUCUUCUGGAAAACAUGCGAGGAUGUCUGCAGAAGAGAAUUGAGGGUGACCGGAAGUAUUUGUCAUCGCUUGGGGCAUUUGUACAACACGCUGGAAAGAUUGAAGACACAGAGUAUCACUCCUACUGCUCUGUGUUUAAGGCUUGGACCGCAGUCAUAAAGGGAACCGAGUCCUUCACAGAGCUUCUACAAUUCAGCGUUGACGGCUUAACCACGAAAGUUAUGGAUAAAGUUACGACGUUGAUAGCCGAGAAAAAGUCGGCAAAGAAACAUUAUGAAGAGGAAAGAAAUCGUUUGGAGAAAGAGUUUACUAGGAUAAAAGAUGAGGUGCAGAAAAACAAGCUAGAUUACGUGAAGUGUGUUGACAAAGUUCGAACGGAACGCACCAAGUAUGACGAUGCAAACGCUAAAGGCAAGGGAGGUAAUAAGGUUGACAGUGCCCGACAGAGUUACGUUCUUGCGAGUGUAAAACUGCAUAAGACCCAUAACAAAUACAUUAUGUCGUUAAACGAGCUUCGAGCGCACCAAGAACAUUACAGCAGGAAAACGUUACCUUGUUUCCUCGAUCACCACCAGGCUAGUCAGGAAAUAUUAGUCGAACAAUGCAAAGACUUACUGGAGGAGUUCCAAAGUUUGACCACAUUCUCUUCCAAAGACCAUAUCAAUAUUUUCAACACCAUCGAAAAGGCAGUUAAGGAUAUAAAGCCUGACAAAGAAUAUACACAGGACUUUGCCUCCAAAUAUAAGUCAGAACCUUUUACCCCAAUCAUGAUAGACUUCGACUCCAAGAUUCUCGAUGACUAUCAAGGCAAACUAGUACCAAACAGGAUCGCACUCGAUGAGUUCACUGUGGAGUCUCUCAACCAUCUAAAAUCAUCAUUAUCCGAUAGCAUCAAUACAUAUAAAACGGAGCUCACAGAACUUGGGACGGAAAAAUCAACAUGUGCCUCGCGGGUUCAAGAGUUAAAUGGGAAACUGUCAGUUUUAACGGACGAGGAAAGGAGCGAAUUUCUCCAGAAACGCAAACGCUUCGAGGAACUGAAAAAACGUAUAGCCGAAGUGGAGAGCCAAAUAUCGACAAAAUCUGAUGUCAUAAAAGUCGUGGAAGACCCACUACGUGCUCUGGGAGAUAGGGAUCCAAAUAAAGCCAUGGACAUUGACACACAGGGGACUGGUGCUGAUACACUGUCGGUUACAAGCGGCGAUGGAGACACGGGGCAUAAGACCGGGAGCCAGAAAAUGUUUGGAAUGCUGAAAAAUUUAAAGAAAAAGGUGCCAUUUGGAAAGAAGGACGCCGAUACCCUGCACAAUGGAGAUGAAAUGGCCGGUAGGGAGAGUUACGAAGCAUCGGAGCCAUCAAAGGGGCCUUUACCUCAUGACAAUGAUUCGUGGUGUUUAAAUGAGUUACCACCUGAGAUUAGUUUACCUGUUGAGCAUGACUCAGACUUUGAACCGAAGAAGCUCGAGGAUGAGGAUUGGUUCCAUGGCGUGCUACCCCGGGAAGAAGUGCAGAGACUCCUCGCGAACAACGGGGAUUUCCUCGUGCGCGAGAGUAAAAAUAAAAGGACAAACGAGACGCAGUAUGUCCUGUCGGCAUAUUGGAAUGGAUACCGGCAUUUCAUCAUACAAUAUGCAGAUAAUGGAUGGAGAUUUGAAGGUUCCGUUUAUCCCACCAUUCCGGAACUUGUUACUCACCAGUAUGAAAGCGGGGUAGCGGUAACCAACAAAUCGGGAACCAUCUUGUCUAAACCAAUUCUUCGGGAAUCUUGGGAACUCCGCAAUGAUGACAUAAUGCUGGAUACUAAAAUUGGAAAUGGCAAUUUUGGUGAGGUUUUUAGGGGAGUCUACAAGAGGACCAAUGAAACCGUGGCAGUCAAGACUUGUAAAGACACCCUGUCUGAAGAACAGCGUAAGAAAUUCCUGAUGGAGGGGCGUAUAUUAAAACAGUAUGAUCACCCUAACAUUGUACAGUUCAUCGGGAUAGCUGCCCAACGUCAGCCUGUGAUGAUCAUCAUGGAAUAUGUGUCCGGAGGAGCGUUACUUAACUUUUUACGGAAAGAGGGUAAAAAACAGAGCAGAUUGAAGGCAGCCCAGAUGUGUGUAGAUGCAGCGUGUGGAAUGGCCUACCUGUCUGAUAAGGGGUGUAUUCACAGAGAUCUUGCCGCUAGGAACUGCCUUGUUGGUGAUAACAAUGUCGUUAAAAUCUCAGACUUUGGAAUGUCUCGAGAAGAGGAGGAGUACACAGUAUCCGACGGAAUGAAGCAGAUUCCAAUCAAGUGGACCGCACCGGAGGCCUUAAAUUAUGGUAAAUACACGGCAGUGUGUGAUGUCUGGAGUUAUGGCAUACUGAUGUGGGAGGUGUUUUCAAACGGAACAACGCCUUACCCAGGAUGGACGAAUGCUAUAUCCAGGGAAAAAGUGGAGCAGGGUUACCGGAUGCCUGCCCCUCAAAACACGCCCGAUAGUGUGUACCAGCUGAUGUUGCGAUGUUGGGACGCGAAUCCUGCCACACGUAUCAGUUUUCACGACCUUCAUACGCAGCUUAAGGGCCUUGUAGACUCACCACCAAAAGGCGAAUCCUGGAGCUAGUUGCUGGGGAAAACUAUGCCUUACUUGGAGUUUUAAGUGCGUAACUGUGGUGAUUUCAUGCUAAAGUGUGUUACUAUGGUGACAAAAUGUUUUUAAGUGCAGUUCUAUGGUGAUAAUGUCUUUGAAGCCUGUUACUAUGAAGGUAUCUUGUUUUAGUGCAUUAUUAUGGUGACAACACAUUUUCAGUGUGUUGCUAUGGUGAAAACACAUCUUUAGUGCAUUACUAUGGUGACAACACAUAAUAAGUGCGUAACUAUGGUGACAACACAUUUUCAGUGUGUUGCUAUGGUGAAAACACAUCUUUAGUGCAUUACUAUGGUGACAACACAUAAUAAGUGCGUAACUAUGGCUGAUAACACAUUUUAUGUGUGUUGCUAUGGUGAUGACAUGUUUAAGUGUGUUACUAUGGCGACAAUAUGUUUUAAGUACGUUUGGUGACAAUAUUUUUAAGUGCGUUACUAUGGUGAUAACAAGUUCUUAGUGUGAUAUUAUGAUGCUAAGGUGUUUUUAGUGGUUUACCACAGUAAUAACCUUCCAAACAACUUAAGGCAAAAGCACUUUAUAAAAAAUACAUUAUUGCUAUGGUGAAUAUAUGUAAUUAUGGUGAUUUAAUGUUGCUACGGUCAAAUUGUUGAAAAUUGUACAUAUUCGCUAUGGUUCUUAUAUUAAUUACAUGUAAAUGUGAUGACAUUUAACAAAUUACAUCAUCAUUUAGGUGAUCAUAAAUAACCAUGGUGAUGAAAUGGUGUGAAGAUAAUAAUAAUGUGGAAAAGUGUACAUUGUUACUAUGGAGAUAACAUAAUAGGCCGAUUGUUCAGAACUUUAUUAAAGUUAACAACAUGAUUAACAACAUCGUUGUUAAUUUUUUGGGCACAAAAUAUUUGAUUAUGUGCUCAUAAUUAAAUUUGAACAAAAUACAGCUGAAACAGUUGUCUCAAACUUGUUAAAAAUUUAGCAAAUCGCAAGUGUAUUAAUUUUACUUCCAAAGCAGUAACAAUUUGAAAGUUAACAACGACGAGGUUAACAAUGUUUUUGAAUUUAACAAGCUUCUGAAAAUCGGACCAAUGUUUUACUAAGGUGAUAAAAAUAUUUAAAAUGUUUCAAAUUACAAUGUUGCUAUACCAUUGUUGUGUUGAUGGCUUGUUGUAAAAGUGAUAUCAAUGUUAGAAAAGAUUUUUAUGAUAUGUAUUUUAUAUAAGAAUGGUUGCCAUGAAAAUUACUGUUUUACCACAAUUGUAUCAAUCAUGUCAUAGUGAAAUUGACUUGUUUCGCAUACCAUUUAAUGGCUAUAUGCUUUUCACAAUUUUUUUCAUGCAACAGUCACAAUAUACAUAUAUAUGUAUGUAUAUACUAUUAUAUAUAUUUUAAUUACAGUUAAACAUUAUAUACUGUAUAAGGGGUCAUCAUUGGUUAUUGGAAUAUAUGUUUCUCCCAUUUGUAUGGAUAACUUGAAAUUAUUGAAUUCAUACAUUGGAAAAAUGUGACUGAAAUUUGCCCACAGAGUAUGGAAAAACGUGACUGAAAUUUGCCCAUAGAGUGUGGAAAAAUGUGACUGAAAUUUGCCCAUUGAGUAUGGAAAAAUGUGACUGAAAUUUGCCCAUAGGGUAUUGCAUAUUUCAUUUUUUUGCCCCAUUUUAUGUAACCAUUUUUUACCCACAAAUGAU